UGGCAUUAUUUGACACACCUGUGAUCAAAGUGAUCUUUUUGAUAGUAGGCCAAUGUGUGUUUCAAGGAAUUUUGUUUUCAUGGCAACAGGAGUGAUCGGGUCUGCUGUGCUUCAGUAAACUACGCUUUUCUUUGACUCUGUACAAAGGAGUAUCUGUUGUUCACUCUGCUGCAGGUGGAUAACUGCGCUCAGUUUAUGACAAGGUGGGGCGGAAGCGAGGAAUACACCUGCUCGAUGUUUCCCGUUUUGAUUCGAUUACCUGAAUGGAUCAAUGCUGUUCCAGAUGCGAUAAAUCCACACAGUGAAUGUUGGAACUAAUGAUGGACCCAAGCUGAUGUCCCAGAGUCCCAUGUCUGCCCUCACUUUGCCCUGCUGGUCACGGGUAGAGAUGGCGGCGUGUCCGGAUGUGCUGGCCAGGCCUGGAGUUGUGGUCAGGAGUGUUAUACUGUUGCUCCUGAGCAGUAAUCCUGUCAGGGGGAAUUAUACUAUACUUGCAAGCGAGACCCGUUCUAAUGCCACCGAUAAUGGACCCAACAUUGCAGCCAUCGUGGCCCCUACAGUCACACUGGGUGUUCUGGCCAUAGUCUUGGCCAUUCUUGGCUGGCUCCUCUGCGUGGUGAAAAAGAGGAGGCAGACUGAAGGGACGUAUAGACCCAGUGCUGAGGAACAGUCUGGUGCACAUGGUGUGGCAGCACCAGAUGCUCUAAAGUUACCAAAGGAGGAAAGACUCAUUUGAGAUCUUAAGCUUUGUGUUUUUACAAAAUCCUUCAAGGAUGACAUUUUUUUGUGGUGUCUACCUUCAGCUGAUCAAUCAAAGAAACACCUUCCCAGGAUAAUUACAUUACAUUGCAUUUAGCUGACGCUUUAUCCAAAGCGACUUACAAUAAGUGCGUUCGACCAACAAGGUU